AUUGAGAAACCGUUGCCGCCCCAACCACCGAGGUCUAGCGCCAACCUGCCACCGACCCGGCGGAACACCGCUUGUCCCGGCUAUAGAGCAAACCCUCCUGUACCCAUUGGCACAGCAAGUGACCAAGCCUAUCGCUACGUGUGGCGACGAUCCAAGCUGGAGGACAGGGAGGACAUGGUGGCGCUGGCUUGGGGGCAAACAGAGUGUCUCCGUCAGGAACGGAGGGCCAGAGUUACUGACAGAGCAGUUUCGGUUUCGCCCACUUCGGGUCAAUCGGUUGUCGGCUGCUGGUUGACGGUCUGUCUGGUUGAUAUGCCGCGGUGGCAAGCGAGAUUCGUGGCACAAUCGGGUGGAAUCACAAAUCUCGAGGCGACGCCAAAAUCUCGCAUACCGGCCGGUCUGUCUGCACCUGAUUGUGCAGACGGAGGCCUACUCACUCGAAUGCACAUCCGUUGGCACGAGCCAGCCGGCAAGUCAUUCAGCACCUUCACAACUCCACGAAAACCUGCCUGCCUGCAUGCAGGCAUAACACCGAGAAGGCCUAGAAAUGCACAGGAAUGUGCAGGUGUGCACGUAGAGAUGUGCACAAAUAUCGACUGGGACAGUUGCCCUCGAGAUAGCAUCUUCAGGGUAGACCUCCCUUCAGCCAAAUACAUGCUUUACACCCUCUCUAUUACGGCAUCGGCAUCGGCAAACGAGCAGCAUGUGCUUGGAACAGUCUCGGCAAUCGGACUGGAGGCUCCGCUUCAACGCGUUUCUACAUCGUCAAGUCUGCCAAGAGGGACACACCAAUGCAACACUUGUGCUGAAUCGAGCCACAAGCCUAAGCACAGACCUGGUCAGUGCAACUCUCAUGAGAAGUCACUUUGA